UGUUCCAGGUGAUAGUGUCUGUUCUGUCUGUACUGUUCCAGGUGAUAGUGUCUGUCCUGUUCCAGGUGAUAGUGUCUGUCCUGUUCCAGGUGAUAGUGUCUGUUCUGUCUGUACUGUUCCAGGUGCUAGUGUAUGUCCUGUUCCAGGUGCUAGUGUAUGUCCUGUUCCAGGUGAUAGUGUCUGUUCUGUUCCAGGUGAUAGUGUCUGUUCUGUUCCAGGUGACAGGGCAGCGGCCGUCUACACCGAGCUGAGGAAGUUGUCCCGGGUCUUCAAAGACCAGCUGGUGUAUCCUCUGAUAGCCUCAGCCAGAGAAGCCAUGGCCCUGCCAGCAGUGUUUGGCCUGCCAGUCCUUCCUCCAGAGCUGUUACUGAGGGUGCUGAGACUGCUGGAUGUCUCCUCUCUCCUGGCCCUCUCCUCAGUAAACAGACACCUUCACCAAACCACCACAGACCCGGCCCUCUGGAGACACCUCUACCGCAGAGACUUCCGAGACGGGCAAGACCACAGCAGAGACACUCAGUGGAGAGAGCUCUACAAGAAGAAGUACACGUGGAGGAGAGAAGCAGCCAGUUACCGGCACCACAUGCCCCGUUACCACCCUGUCCCCCCACCGCUCUACCCCCUCCACCCCCUCCCCAACAACCCCUUCCCCUUCUACCCGCCUGGCAUCAUCGGUGGGGAGUACGACCAGAGACCUGGCAUCCCCGGUGGUAUUCUGCCCCGCCCCGCUACGACCCUAUUGGUCCGCUCCCAGGUCACGAUCCCACGGCAGGAGGGCUGAUUGGACGAAGGGGCUGAGACCUGCUGGGAACCGGCCGGCUGACAUCAGAAGAGGUUUCAUAUGACCUCCCUGACCAGUGACCUCUAGUGGUGGUGUAGGAGUAUGACCACCACACAGAGAAGCUUAAAUAAAACAGAGAUGUUGAAGACUGACUGAUUAUUAGCCUACCUUAAAUAAGCCACCUGAGUGCUAUAGUCACAGAUAAAUGGCGUUGUUCGGUCUAUAAACACUAACCCUCAUCCAGCCUGCUUAUUAUCCCCUAAACCUCAUCCAGUU